UUCUCUUGUAUGAGAUUCCGCAAAGGAAGUCAAAAUAAAAAUCUACGUCUUUCCACUCGCUUUGUCCACCGACCAUGGCGGCGGUUACCGUAGGCUCGCUUCUCCAGAAUCCUACACUUUUGCUUCGUCCCAAAUCUAAGACGUUGUUGAAACCGUCUCGCUCAUUGGAUUCUUCUCGAAAUCGGAAGGUUCUUCACUCUCGGAGCUCUUGCUUUUGUAGCUUCAAGCCUAGCCGAUCGAGUCAUGUCGUCAGAGCCAACUCAUCGGAAACAGCUCUUGUUGACAACUUCGAUACCUCUUCUUCCGAUGACGUCUUGUACAAGGAGACUUUUCCAGUCAAGAGAAUUGAAAAGGUGGAGGGAAAUAUUUUCAUCAGGUUGGAUCAAUCGAAGAACCAGCAGGAUUGGCAGCUUACAGUAGGAUGUAGUCUUCCAGGAAAGUGGAUACUUCAUUGGGGAGUUUCUUAUCUUGGCGACAGUGGCAGUGAAUGGGAUCAACCUCCUAAAAACAUGAGACCUCCUGGUUCAGUUCCCAUCAGAGACUAUGCUAUCGACACUCCCUUGGAGAAACGGUCUAAAGGAGAGAUGUUUCACGAAGUAAAGAUUGAUUUUAACCCCAACAGUGAAAUUGCUGCUAUACAUUUUGUUCUGAAGGAUGUAGAAACUGGAGCAUGGUAUCAGCACAGAGGUAGGGAUUUUAAGGUGCCUCUGGUGGAUUACCUCAAGGAUGAUGGCAAUACAGUUGGAGCAAAAAGAGAGUUUGGUGUAUGGUCAGGUGCUCUACAGCAAUUCUCAAAUGCGCUACAUAAAGCAGAAGCAUCACCUCCUGAUAGUCCAAACAACGAGUCCAAGGACUCUAAAAGUAACAAUAGGCCCCUUGAAGGGUUCUAUGUGGAGCAGUCCAUUGUAAAAGAAGUUUCUGUUGAUAACUUUGUGAGUGUCGCCGUUAGGAAGUCACCUGAAACUGCAAAACUUGUGUUGUAUUUGGAAACUGAUAUACCUGGAGAUGUUGUGGUUCACUGGGGCAUUUGCAGAGAUGAUGCUAAAAGAUGGGAAAUUCCUGCUGCUCCAUAUCCACCGGAAACAACUCUAUUCAAGAACAAGGCUUUACGCACUUUAUUGCAGACAAAAGCUACAGGAAAUAGAUCAGGAGCAUUAUUCACCUUAGAUGAAGAGGUUUUUGGAUUUCUUUUUGUCCUCAAGCUAGACGAUAACACUUGGCUGAAUUUUAAAGAAGAUGACUUCUAUGUUCCCCUCUAUGGUAAAAGUAGUGUUCUGGGUCAACAUGGCCAAUCUGAUAGUACAAGUGAAGAAAUUUCUAGUAAAUCAUAUACUGAUGGUAUCAUCAAUGAGAUACGAAACUUGGUUACUGGCCUUAGCACUGAGAAGAUUCAGAAGACCCAAACAAAGGAAGCACAAGAAAGCAUUCUUCAAGAAAUUGAACAGCUAGCUGCAGAAGCAUAUAGCAUCUUCCGGAGCUCCAUUGUAACUUAUCCAGAGGAAGAUGUUUCAGAAACUGAUACUGAUACAAUACAGCCUGCUGUUAAAAUAUCCACUGGAACAGGCACAGGUUUUGAGAUAUUGUUGCAAGGUUUCAACUGGGAAUCUCAUAAAUCUGGACGAUGGUAUUUGGAACUCAAAGAGAGAGCUUCAGAAAUAUCUUCGCUUGGAUUUACUGUGAUUUGGCUACCACCACCAACAGAGUCUGUCUCACCUGAAGGAUACAUGCCAAAGGACUUGUAUAAUCUAAAUUCCAGAUAUGGAACUAUUGAUGAGCUGAUGGAACUUGUGAAGAGCCUCCAUGAAGUUGGUCUGAAAGUUCUAGGUGAUGUUGUAUUGAAUCACCGUUGUGCACACUCUAAAAAUCAGAAUGGAAUAUGGAAUAUUUUUGGUGGUCGUCUAAAUUGGGAUGAUCGUGCAGUGGUUGGUGACGAUCCUCAUUUUCAGGGGCGGGGCAACAAAAGUAGUGGAGAUAAUUUCCAUGCUGCUCCAAACAUUGAUCAUUCCCAAGAGUUUGUGAGGAAGGAUCUCAAAGAAUGGCUUGGCUGGCUGAGACAAGAAAUUGGUUAUGAUGGAUGGAGGCUGGAUUUUGUCAGAGGAUUUUGGGGUGGUUAUGUCAAGGACUACUUGGAUGCAAGUGAACCUUACUUUGCUGUUGGUGAAUACUGGGAUUCUCUUAGUUACACAUAUGGUGAAAUGGACCACAACCAAGAUGCCCAUAGGCAGAGAAUCAUUGACUGGAUUAAUGCUACUAAUGGAACUGCUGGUGCAUUUGAUGUCACAACCAAGGGAAUUCUUCAUUCAGCUCUGGAAAGAUGUGAAUAUUGGAGAUUAUCAGAUCAGAAAGGGAAGCCUCCUGGGGUUGUUGGAUGGUGGCCGUCUCGUGCAGUUACCUUCAUAGAGAAUCAUGACACUGGUUCUACCCAGGGUCAUUGGAAGUUUCCAGGUGGAAAAGAAAUGCAAGGAUAUGCUUAUAUCUUGACUCAUCCAGGAACACCGGCUGUGUUCUACGAUCACAUUUUCUCUCAUUAUCGAUCUGAAAUGGCUGCCCUUAUCUCUAUCAGGAACAGAAACCAAAUCCAUUGCCGGAGUAAGAUUAAAAUUGUCAAGGCAGAGAGAGAUGUGUAUGCAGCCAUCAUCGACGAAAAAGUCACGAUGAAGAUCGGACCAGGUCAUUAUGAGCCUCCGAGUGGUCCCCAAAGAUGUUCUGUAGCCCUUGAAGGGAAAGAUUACAAGGUUUGGGAAGCAUCUUAACUGUAAACCAUGAGCAUUAUUUAUUUUUCCAGGUGUAUAUAACCUAUAUGGAUGUCGAUCAUCGAGUAGAAAAUGUAUUGUUGAGUUUGUUCGGGAUAGCGGUGAGGGGUCGGCCCUCACUGAUUAUUUGGCAUUGUUGUACCAUUUUUUACUCCUACAUACGUUGGGGUUGCCCCCCCCGGGGGGGGGGGGGCGUAUUGAUUAAAGGCAUGCCUAGACAAGGUGACUAUUGAAGCCA